CCACUUUUUUAUUUCAUGUCUGCUUUCCUAUCAACCAUGGCGAAACAACUGCGAGUGAUCGCUCCAAAAAACGCGCGUCGAUGUUUGCAGACUUCUAUGACGUUGUACCUGUUGCUUUAACCGAUGAGGAUGGUAGCGAAGUGGAUUUGAUCUUGUCACCAAGCCACAUCGAACAACUACAAACUAUGCUUGCAAGACCACAACAGAUAACCUUGACGCGUCCAACUCAAGAGCUGUCCCCGGUCAAUAUGUUUCCUACACGUGAUACUGUUCACAGCCUUGGUGAAAAGGGUGCAAUCUCGAAUUACCUGUCAAAGCGUCACUAUAUCGAAUUGAAUAAAGAAAUUACUGAAACACUGAAUCAAGACUGGGAAAUCAAGCCCAACCAGUGUUACAUGGUUGCAAGAGCACUCAGUAGAUCAGUCAUGCUGGACUCUGAAAACCAUCGUGGUCUCCUCAUUCUGUCAUUGGAGGUGUAUGGCCGCGAUCCUGAAAUUGAAAGCCACGCUGAGCAACGAAGCACUGUCGACUCCACCCACUUAUCAACAUUAGUCCCGUCGAUAGACUGCAACGAUUUCGCGAUAGGCACGCUGCACCAAACGGAAGGAAAGAAUGUCUCUGUCAAGCUUAUACUUGGUGCCUACCAGGGACCAGCUAUGGUUAUGAUGAUUUUAAUGCAAUCUAGUAGCCCUAGCUGGCUUAUUAGCUAAGAUAUAUCAGGAUAG